GUUUGAACGUAUAACAGUGCCGUAUAAAUAUGAUAGUAAUACAACCCAGACAAACUAAAUCUUCUUCCCUGCAAUGCGCACCAAGAGGAAAGGAGAAGAAUCAGAAGAAUUCUUCUCCGAUCCUAACAAUGGGUAUCCUGUUCUCCAAACAGGUGCAGCGUAGAAUAGCCAUAUCGCGCGAGAAGAAGAUUCUCACCGAUCUUCACCUCAACUCGGGUAACGAAUUCCCUGGAUUCGAUUACCGCCCUCCAGAUCGGAAGAAUUGGAUGUCAGGCCUCGAUCCGCAGAAACUUCGCAUAAACCAGAUCGUUUGGCCGGGUACCCAUGACUCAGCAACUGACAAAAUUGGUGUCCCAUUCAUCACUCGCCCAUUUGGGCAAUGCCAGACUCUGUCAAUCUACCAACAGCUCGUAAGGGGUACCAGGGUCCUGGACAUCCGAGUUCAGGAGGAUCGCCAGGUGUGCCAUGGCAUCCUGAUCACGUAUGGGAUUGAAGUUGUCAUCAAAGACAUCAAGGAGUUCCUGGCUGAGACCCAAUCAGAGAUAAUCAUUCUAGAGAUGCGCACAGAAUAUGGACACCAAGACCCACCUGAAUUUGACAAGUACUUGGAAGAACAACUGGGCGAGUUCCUGAUCCACCAGGAUGACCGUGUGUUUGAGAAGACGGUGGCGGAGUUACUGCCAAAGAGAAUUAUAUGUGUGUGGAAGCCAAAGAAGGCAGAUCCACCCAAGGCCGGCGGUCCACUAUGGAGUGCCGGCUACUUGAGGGACAAUUGGAUCGAUACCGACUUGCCGUCGACCAAGUUCGAGAGCAACCUCCAGUUUUUGAGCGAGCAGCCACCUGUGUCAAAUAGGAAAUUCUUUUACAGGGUGGAGAAUACGGUGACGCCACAGGCCGAUAACCCUAUAGUGUGUGUGUGGCCGGUGACUAGAAGGAUCCAUGUACAUGGAAGGCUUUUUCUAUCGCAGUGCAUCUCUCGGGGUUGUGCGGAUCGAUUGCAGAUCUUCUCCACGGAUUUCAUCGACGAGGAUUUUGUGGAUGCAUGCGUCGGGUUUACACAUGCUAGAAUACAAGGCAAGGCCCCCUGAGAAAAUCCAAGCAUUUUGAUUAUUAUUCAUGUGUGGGUUGUCAAUCCGAAUUCCGAAAUUAUACUUCCAUAUAUCCAUAUGCAUGUUAAUUAAUUUCCUUUUCGUUACAUCUUAAUUCACUUCCUUUUUCAA